UGCUUGCUUUGUAAGUACCGAAUCAGAAGUCUCCUCCUUAGAAAAGAAACAUCACGAGGGUACGUCCUAGCUAAGCGCUCUUCCGGACUUUCAACGUCGGUGAUGCUGUAGCAGACACAUACUGUUGGUCGCUUUCGACAGCCCUGGUAUGUUUUAUAAGAUGGCCUGUAGGCGUUCAGAGGGGUCCGCGAUAAGGAAUGUAAUUCUGUCGUUAUUGAGGCCCAAGAACCCGCGGCAGGGAAUUGGAAAUGGACGACGGAUGGAAGGGCUGAGAAAUGUGCACGUAGAUCACAAGCUGAAUCGAGCAGCCUGCACCACUCAUUCUUACUCCAAGGUGCCUCCGAUUCCAGCUUGGAAACCAGUGGGAGAAACUCCGCUUUCUCUGGUAUAUAGUGUCUCACCGGACCUGGUGGAUCGAAUGGAGCGCUUGGCACUUGUAGACUUUGGGAACCAUGAGGGUGUAGUCCGCCUCCAGUGUGCCAUCACAUUCGCCGAGCAGCUGCAUGUAGUCGACACAGAGGGGGUAGAGCCCAUGGACUCUGUGCUUGAAGACAUGCAAUUGUACCUGCGGGUUGACAGAGUCAUCGAAGGGAACUGUGCUGAAGUGCUGCUUAGUUUACCUACAAAGAUAGUGGAGGAGUUUUAUGUUGCCCCACCAGAAAGGCCGAGAUGUUGCAGCCGUGAAGAACGGCCAGACGGAUGUAGAAAGAGCACACUUUCGGGUCCAUUUCUUCCCUCUGCUGACCCGUGAUAACGUUAUGCUCCCAGAAUCCACCACAACUGUCCCAGCAUUCCUCACGCUUAAUAUCCAGUCCGCCAACAUAAAAUGUCCAUCCUCCCUCCCUUCAAUGUCUUGAGUUUUGGAAAAAAAAACAAUUGACGAAUUUACUUUGCAGUAUACGGGGCUAAAAACCCCAAACCUU